CCCGCUCCGCUCCGCUCCGCUCCGCGCCGGGCAGCGCUUCCCCACUCCUCGCAGCCACCGGCUAGGUGCUCUGUCUCGGGAUGGUGCCCAACCUCAGCGGCUAUUACCGCUUCGUCUCCCAGGAGAAUAUGGACAAUUACCUGCGCGCGUUGGAUAUCAACGUGGUCCUGCGCAAGGUGGUCUGCCUGCUGAAGCCUGACAAAGAGAUCAUCCACACGGGAGACCACAUGGUCAUCCGCACGAUCACCUCCCUGCGGGACUACGUCAUGGAUUUUGACCUGGGGGUCCAGUUUGAGGAAGACCUGGGACCCGUAGAUGGGCGCAAGUGCCAGACGACUGUUUUCUGGGAGGGCGACCAGCUGGUAUGUGAGCAGCUAGGGGAGAAGAGGAACCGCGGCUGGCGGCACUGGCUGGAGGGAGACCGGCUGCACCUGCGCAUGACGGCCGAAGACGAGGUCUGUGUUCAGGUCUUCCAGAAAGUAAAGUGACCACUGGCUGCUGGGACAGAUGCCCAGGCUGGGGCCCCACUCUCCAGUGUGAACUGCACCAGAUUAAAGAAGCAAACUCGAUGGCAGCGA